CUUGGAGUUUACAGGAAAUUGCGUAAUUGUUUAUAAGUAUCACAAACAUGGCGACUUACAGGCAGGUCGGGAGGUUGUUGGGUAUUUCUGCAAGAAUUUCAAGUCCGCUUGCUGUGCGUGCAUAUCAGUUUGCUGGACUGCAUUGGACUCCACACAACAUUGGUGUUACAAGGAGAUGGUCACUGCCACCAUUUUCAGUUGUAUCUGCAAGGACCAUGUUUAUUCAGACCCAGGACACUCCCAACCCAAACAGCUUGAAAUUUCUGCCUGGUCGCAUGGUCCUUGAACAAGGAACGAUGGAUUUUACUGCACCCCGUGAAGCCUAUUGCUCCCCCCUUGCAAGGCAGCUAUUUAGAAUCGAUGGUGUCAAGGGUGUCUUUUUGGGUCCUGACUUCAUAACCAUAACCAAGACAGAUGUAGAUCUGGAAUGGAAGUUAAUCAAACCUGAUGUGUUUGCUGCCAUUAUGGACUUCUUCACAUCUGGACUCCCUGUUGUCAAUGAGGAGGACACCCCUCGUGCAGAUACAGAUCUUGCUGUGGUUCAGCGUUUGAGUUUUAACCACUGCAGUCUAUUCCACCCCAGGGAAUCGUUGGUUAACUUCUCCACACUUGUUCCUCAUGUGCCUCUGUCUGCAGGAUUGUCUUUCCCACUGCAGUGUCUCCAAUUUCCUGGAAGUGUCAGACUUUUGGGAUUUCAUCCCCUCUGUUAGCAAUGAAUGGUUUCCAUUGUUUGACUGGUCUUGAUCCAAUGGAGUGUUAUCAUUGAGUCUGUCCAGUAGUGAAGUUGUACAUCACUCAUCUUCAAGUUCUUUAGAUGGUUUCCUAAUCUUGCUUCAAUUUGAUGGUUUCCUAAUCUUGCUCAUAUUGCUGCUUCUGGGAGUUCUAGUCUGGGUGGAGUUCUAGUCUGGGUGGAGUUUUCAAUGGAGAACUAUUGUCUUGGCUGUGAUUAGACCUAUAGUGCAUUCUCCUUCUGCAUUUGCUGUGUGCAUGUACCUAGUGGAUAAAUCUUGUGGAAGCUCUUCGUCCCAUGAUAGGCCCUGUUUCCACACUUCUUGGAAUGGACACUUGAUCCUAAUGCUGAAUGUGGAUACAGUCUGAUUGAAUAUUCAUGCAGCUGAUUGAAGAAGUCCUCGUUUUGUGAUCUUGUCUUUUAGAAAUUCAAUCAAAUCUGUCCUUUCAAACAGUCAUCAGUGUCUGAUCUCCAUGUUAAUCCUAGUAAGCUACUUUUUAUGGAGUUUGACUUUUCACUUCAACUUGUUCUGUUACUUUCUCUUUUGUCCAUUCACUUUGCAGCUCAUGUAAAAAAAAAAAAAAAUCAGUAACAUAG